AUGGUUCGUCCCAUCGAGCUCGAGGCUAUAGCCAACGACGGCCUUUCGUUUACUCAGAUAGCCUACAAUCUCCGGCUCAUACGCUGGAUGAAUGCUGUCGCAGUCGCCCUUGUGAUCUACGACACACUUCUCAUUAUCGAUCGAGCUCUUGUGGCCAAACUGGUGAAGUAUUCUCAAGCUGUUCUACUUCCUCGACCGGGCAUUAUGCACAACUUUGACGAUGAUGAGUGCUCAGCAAUCUAUCACAAUGAACAUAAUGUCUGGCAGCUUGUCGACGUCAGUAUUGCCACGUUCAUCUCAUUCCCCAUGUGCAACUGGUUGCUUCUAGAACGUACUCGCACUCUUGUCGAGCGUGAGCGACCUAUCCUGGACGCCGUGCUCGUCGCAUACUUUUCCUUUCGUACACCAUUGCUGGCGUCCUCAUUAUGA